AAAUUAACUAUGCUUGAGGCUACGUUUGCCAGGUCAUCAUUGUUUAAACAAAUAAUCGAAUCGACCAAAGAACUUGUAAAUGAUGUAAAUUUUCAAUUUAUGAAAUCAGGUAUAGAGUUCAGUGCCAUAGACGGGUCACAUAUUUCAUUCAUCUUGGUUCACCUUGAUUAUGACGAUUUCCAAGAUUAUAUCUGUGAACGAGAGAUAACAAUCGGCAUUAGCCUUGUAACAUUAGGCAAGGUAUUAAAUCGAGCGGGUGACAAUGAUAUCUUAACCCUGAAACUUAAAGAAAAUACUACUGAUAGGUUAUAU